UUGAAAUAGGUGGCAGCGUUGGUGAGAGCGCAUGAUGCCCGUGUGAUUUGGAUUCUCAACGUCUGGAUUACGCGAAAUUGUUUACAAUUUCAAAACAAAAGGAAUCGGCGAAUCAUGUGUGGUGCGUACGGCUUAGGUGUGCAAGUGAAUUGGAAUGCUUCUAACCAGUCGUGUUGUUCGUUUUGGAAAUUACGCGGUGUAUUUUGUUAAUUCAAUGAAACAAGUGUAUUUUUAUGUUAUCUUUUAAGUUGAAGUUGAAGUUGAGGAGAUCUAAUUGAAGUUUAAAAGAAAUUAAGAAUAAUAAUAAGACGCUUCAAUCCCAGUAAAUUUAAAAUGAUAUUGUUUUAGAAAGUGAUAAAGUGAAAAAUUAUGCAUAGAGCAAGUGAUAACACUUCGGAAUCUCUAAAUAUUGUAAUUUCCAUAUAUACAAAAAAAUGAAACCGAAACGGUUUUAUGCGCCGAAAAACACCAUGUUCGUAAAUUGAUCCACAAUAUCCUUACGUUGAAAUGGGUGUGAUUGUGACAGUAAACCUAUAUUUAUCACGAAUCGGAUUGUGGGACGAUUGGAAACACCGACUGUUCGAGCAGAAAUAAUGGAAGGAUCAAAACAUCACAUUCCCCGGUUCCGAAAGCACGAUACGGACAACAAUACUUCUCGAAUGUUUUGAUACGUUAACGUAACCUGACGACGGCAACAUAUCCACAAAAGCGGAAAGAAAUCGAAAAGUUGUCGAUGAGACGCUUUUCAUACCAUGUUGGGGAAAACCUUGAAAUAAAAUAACCAUAAACACGGACAUGUGGAACGCCGGCGGAAGCCAACAGCAACGCCGGUCGUGGAGGAUCGAUAUUGACCUGCCAACGGCCAUGCUCCUUUUUUUGGUGACACAGGAGAAGAAACGUUUGAGAAUUUCAUCGAAUAUUACGAAUAUGAAAUUGGCUUUCUUGCAUUUUCCAGAGCCUAAGGAACGGAGGGAAAACAUGCGGAAGUAGCGUUUUAUUAUUGACAUGUGUCCUUGUGAUCAUCCCUUUUCAAAGUUGUGUUGGAAACUGUGGCAAAGGUUCGUUAAGUUGUCAAAGGAAACCCUACGAUGGACCAAAGGAAAUCUUCAAUAAGGUUCAAAUUCCACACGCUUUUUUGGGUUAGAGUCGAUUUAUUAAGAAGAAAUAUGCAGGAAAAUGUGAAACUGGAAACAUUUGGAACAUAAUUGUUGAUUUAUGUUGAUGUUGUGUGCAUAAAUUCUUCAUCUUCGACCUUAGAAAUCGCAAGCGGAAGCCAAUCAUUUGUGUUCGAUGCGAUUUUCCUGAUUAACGACACGGCUGCUUUUGGAAGCCACAGCAAGGUGUUAAUAAGCUAAAUAUCAUUCUGGUCGGUGCAUUUAGGGACAAAUUCACUGGAAAGCGCUUUUGUUCCAAGAGAAAUUUGAUAUGGCACAGAAUAUUUAUGGGCUUGAGUGGUCCAUUAUGUAUGCCAAUUUAUGUGUUCUUAUUCUGGACAAAUGCCCCCGGAGCUAUGGUUGGAUGGACUCGGAAAGCAUGGAUGAAAUGGAUACAAACAGACGUAAACAUUAUGCAAUUUCGGGAGGAAUCUUUUUGGUUGAUAGAUUAUUUUCUAGAUUGCUGGUUGAUUUUUCUUUCGUUAUUCGUAAUGGGUUUCGGCACAACCAAAUGUAUGCGUUCUUCCGCUCUUGGUCACGUUUUUCUACGUGUUCCGUUUCGUUUUGCAUGAUUGAUUUUUGUGCAAGAUGGUUUAUUGUUUGGUUAUUUGUUUGGUUGUGAUUGAAGCAUGUAAAACACCACGGAAUGUCAGCAUGUUUCACGGACAUUUUAGGAGGAAACAUUGAUUUUUAUUUGGGAGAAUUGGAGAAAACAACUGAAAAUGGCCGGUGUGGCCAAUUAAGAAUGUGAGCAAUCAUUAAUCAUGCAUGCGCCAUAAGAGGUUGGGCCGAAUUUGUUGAGGAAUUUCAGAAUGAUUCAGAGUUUGAGGUGUUUAUUUGUUAUACUUUCAGUAGAUAAACGAUGUUGUGUAAGUUAUGAAGCUUUUUUUUUUAAUUUGCUUUUUUUGUGAUUUGAUGCGUGUAUUUUAUGUGCGCAAAUGUCGCCCCAAAAAUGAAAGUUAUUGCCAAAAGAAGAAUCAACAAACUAGCUUGGUAGGAGUGUCUUUUUCGUAGAAGUGCUUUUAGUUCUGUGUGACUAAUUAGAUUAGCGAACGAAUGUGUACGUAUCUACAGCAUUUCGGAGACUUUUGCAGAGUCAGGAAUAUGGCCAGUGUGCUAAAAUCCGUUCUCUAUGACUACCUUCGUUGAAUAAUCCCACCCGUUGUCGAUUUUACCCACGUGGUCGAGGGUGAAGGGGAUCGUUGUGACGAUGGUGGCACUGUUUUACGCAACACCUGUGUCGAAAUCAUGUCACCGGAAAUGGAACUAAUGUAUGAAUCAGGUUUGAGGAGGAUUUUAAGGAGGGCGGAGGGAGUUGAGUGUCUAUUCUUGUGAGUGAAUUGAAUUCGAUCGAAAUACCAAUCAAACCAACAAGACUAAUUACAUCCGUUGCCUGGCACCCCGAAUGAGAGCAUGACAAUGACGAGGUAAUAACUAUGACAGUUGACAUUGAAUGAGUUGGAGUGGGUUGAGUGCAUUGGAUGCUACAUGACCGAUUGGCAUUGCCUGUGGCAUAGCUUCAUUGAGAAUCAAACAUACCGUUUGGAAAGUUGAUUGACUGUUACCUAUAGAAAUAUUCAAUGCACAGCUUCCCAAAAGACCAUAACACACUAAUUGAGCUAUUAAAAUGAUGUAACUCUUGGAUCCCCUCUUCAGUGAAUAUUUGCCUUUUUCGGCAUGGGGCAACGCAAAGAUUGAGCCAAACCGCGAACGACUUUUUACCUUAUGCGCUACUUCAAACGCUCAUUUGAUAUUCAUCCAACGUGCGAAAAUGUUUUCAUCCCUGCAGUCCUUAUUCUGGCAGGUCUUUGGUGCUUCUUUUUCAGGAAUGUGUGUCUUUUUAUGUUCUUUGGGGAGAAUUCAGCAGAAAAGCCGGUAAAUACUAGUAGCUGCAGCAGUAUUGAAAGGUGUGAUUGAAAAUCCCUUGCUGGAGUAGGAUCGCGGGAUGGUUGUUGCGUGAUGAGGGAGAAAAACGUGACGCCCUUUUUGGCGGUGGUAUUUGCUCAAAAAGUCUUUCUUCGUCGCUCAAAGACGAAUAUGCAUGAUUUAGCAAGCGCAGGUCUAUGUGUUGGCACAUUUCGAAGCACGUGUCUCGAUAGUGGCGCUGUUCGAUGUAGAGGGUAAGAGUGGGGCUCAAGGAAUCGAUAAAAUUAGUCAUUCAAUUUUGAAAAACUGUCGUUCAAAUGCAGAUCGUGAAAUUGUGUUGUAAUAUUCAUGAUUCAAUUUUCGUGACAUUAUUAUUAGAGCUCAUUUGUCCUUUUGGGUUGGCGAAGAUGAUGAAUUUGUAAAGAAGCCAGGUUGAGGUAUUAUGAAAAAGUUUCAAGUUUUGAUUCAUUUUAGGUCGAUGAAGUUACUUUACAACAUAAAUUAGAAUGUUUUUCGUCACACAGAGAAUGAAGCCUUCUCUCUUCGAAAAAAACAAUCAUGCACACCCGAUUGUUACGGAUGACGUCAUGCUGCGCUCGUUAGAUCAAUUAAUCCAUCGUUGGCAUUUUUUGUCACCAGCAUCUAAUAUCCCCCGUUGUGGAAAGCUACGAACCUUUGCAGCUUCCGAAUCGUGGGUUAAUAUUUCCGCAUGCUUGGUUGAUGGCGGAGUCGGACUGUGUAUGAGUAUCGAGAAAGACUGCUCCGUGAUCUCCGUGGAUUUCCCCCGUCGGAACGUGAGCUCAACAAAAGAGCGAGAGAACUCCCGGCGUGAGACUAAUCCCUUCACGCCUUUCAACCAUCAUGGCUCUGAUGAAGCCGGUUGGGUUUGAGGGAAACAAAAAACGGUUCCGUAUCUGAUUCGAAAUAUGUUGUUCAUGCGCUCGACGACAUCACGUAGCACUUUCUGUUCUGUAUUUGUUUUGUAUUGCAACUGUACAGGAAGUGGCAAUGAGAGGAAUGAGAGGAAGCUGGACUAUUUGACCCUGACUGUAUGCCAUGCUUAGCUGCAUGAGGUUUUGAAGGGAAAAACGCAGAGCAUAUUGUGUUGUAAUUUACACAUUCACAUCCGAACACAAAACGAAAGCAGAAUUCGUGUUCUGGAAGUCUUAUGGAGGAUUGUGAUAAUUUGCUUUGCAGCCACGAUCGGGUGUAUUUGGGACUUUCCUCGUCAGAACAUGGGAAUACUGGGAACUUGAAAAGGCAUUGUACAGUGGGUGGUAAACUCUUGGCUCCUUUUCGGGGUGUCGGCAAUCAAACAUCAUAGAAAGCAAGGCCUAGGAUUUAGAGAGUAAUAAAUUUAUGAUCACGUUCUGUUUGGAAAUCUUUCGAAGAGGCAGAAAGAUCGCAAAGGCACGUUGUUGGAUAAUACAGAAAAUCGGUUUUAUGCAUAAUCUGUUCACCUUUCUAGAGAUCUCAACACCAGUCAAAUAAGUUAGUUUGAAAGGCCGCUUUCGUGGUACAUUCGUCAUAACAAUUAACUUUUUGUUAGCUUUUUUAGGAAGAAAAUGUAACUCGAUUCAGCAAAAAAAUAAAUCUGUAACAUACAUUCGGACAAACAUUAUCAGCGAUGGGAAGUAUGGCUUUCCGUUAGCAUGGUCAUACAACGUUUUUUUACGAAGCUGUAGCAUUGAUGUUUUAUGAGUUCCCUUCGCCGGUGUUCCGAAGCAGAACGUAAUGCGAUUAUUUACACUUUUGUGUUUGUACGGAAAUCAAUUAUGCUUCCAACAGACGGAGGUUUUUCGUUUUAGGCUUAACUCAUACUGCAUCAUUAGUCUUAAUUAUGCAUAACGAAUGUUUCUCUUUUUGUUGGAAGUAUUUUGUUGAGCAUAUGCAUGUAGUGAAAUUUGAUUUGUUAUUUUGUGUUGGCAAUUUUAUUAAAUAAUUCAUGCAAAGUAAUAUUUUUAGCAUAACAUAUAAAACUUCGUAUGGCAAAUAAAAAAAAAAGCUCAUCUCAUUUCCGCGCUUGCUGAUAGAAGCAUCCAGGCCAGCAUUUUAAUCGCUUUUUGACAGACAUGCAGCGACCUUGGCCGCUACGAUUCGCGUAACGUGUAAAUGCGACUCGGGUGCUGAUAAUGAAGUGAGAGGGAUCGGCACAGAUCGAUUGGAGAGAGAGAUCGUGAACGGCGAAGAGAGAUCGGAGAAUGGAGACAGAAGCGAUGGCAGAGAGAAGCGGGACUUCGGUGACGGCUUGCGGGUAGUUCGGGUGUGUUUAGAGUGGCGGUUGAAUUAAUGUAGCGGGAAAUAAAAGUUAAUAAAUAAAGUUAGUUAUAAUCUCUAAAAUAUUAAUCUUUAGUUGUUUCAUCUGGUGACAGCGGUAAAGCGCCUACUUUGUAGCGCACGUAACGUUAUUUCUGGCUGGUGUUCUAAGUGAUAGUGUAAAAGUAAAGGUAUACAGUAUGUGGUGAAGGUAAAUUGCAGCGUCAUAGUGUUAAGUGCUAAUUAUGAUCUAAUUAUUAAAAUAUUCAUUUUUCUUUCGUGUAACUAAGUUAACAACAGUUUAUUUUUGUUACUAUCAUUACAAUCAUAGUCAUCAUAAUCAGUAGGCUAAUCAAAUUAGUUGGUAAAUUUUUGCAAUCAUAAUCCGUCAUUUUAUUUUAGCCGCGUACGUAGAGAGUAAUGAACCCUAAGGUGUUGGCGCUUAGAAACAGGACUGUCAAAAUUAAUAACGGUAACGUUGAUAAAAUUCAUUCAACAAAUCUGCAACACAAUCUUAAUUCAACUACAAAUAGUGAUCAGUGUCUACACAAAGAAUAUAGUUAUACGGAACGCCUCAGAAUUCUUAAGGAAGACUUUUUCAACCAGAGUAUUGAAAUCGAGCGUGCAUUAAACACUACAAUCCACAAAAUGGCAUAUGAAUUUCCACUCGAAAGGGCAAUGCUAUGUAUUCCGGAAUACAACGGAAAUGCAAAUGAUUUAGAUGGAUUUCUUUAUCAAGUUGAAUUCUUUGCUAAACAAAUACCAGCGGGUGAAUCGGAGGAAGAUUUAAUUCGAACCGUAAUGUUUAAAUUAAAAGGUAGUGCGGCUGGUUUCUUUAAUCGCAUAUUAGACGAAUCGUGGGUAAAAGUAAAAUCAAACCUUAUUAAGCUGUUUGGAGAAAAAAUGAGCUUAGAAGCCAUUUUCCAACAAGUGGAAACACUACAACAAGGGGGAAAUGAAGCUUUUCCCGCAUUCAAAGAAAGGGUUCUUAAACUCAAAGAAAACAUAAUUAAUGCAGAUAAAAACAACACCGAGGACUCGUACGCCAUACGAAACCUAAAAAUACACUUUUUAGCUGGUUUGAAAAAUUCGGAACUGCAAACACUGGCGAGAAUGAACAAACACUUAGAUUUCGAUGAACUUUUAGAGUAUUUGGAAGAUGAAGUGGUUCAAAUUGAGCACAUGCGGAAAAUCGAAACUAGGUUGAAUCGCUCAGAAGCGCAUAAUACUCCUCAAACCAGUUACUGUAGUGGCUCAUCUGCACAAGGCGUGAUUGACGAAAGAAACCUGCAGCAAGAAGAAUGUAGUGCCAAUAGUUUUAGACGCUGCAACAAUAGCACUAAUUUCACUAACCCUUCAAAUUCAAAUAGUUUUUGGCAAUCACAACCCAAUAGUACGGCAUAUAACACAAAUACUCGUAACAUUAACAGUAACUUUUCUCGGCCAAGAAGAUAUUUUGCUCCGCAUAGUAGUUCCUACCAUAAUAAUUAUACACACCUAACACCAUCAAACAAUUCAACACAACCACAAAAUUAUUAUACACAACAUUUUUCACAACAAACACCACCACAGAAUCAACAUGAAACUAAUAAUUCACGGGGACAAAAUCAAUAUAGCCACCAACCAUUGAAUUCCAACACACAUACAAAAAACUAAAUCAAGGAACACUAUGUGAUGAAACAGUAAUUAAUAGUGUUCCGAAAAAACAGAAAAAUUUAUUUUUGCUCAGUCCUAAAGAAGAAUAUAUGGAUAACAUAGAAGAAGUACCAAAUGUCUGUGGAAAUGAAUAUGAAUCAUUGGAUAUAGAAUUUACUAGCGAUGGUAAACUAAUGGUUCAUAUUUUAUCGCAGAGCUCAAAAAAAAUAAUGAUAAAGUAUUUAAUUGAUUCGGGAGCUUGCUUCAAUGCAUUGAGUUGGGAAUCGGCAAAAGAAUUAGGGCCUUCUUCCAUAAAUUACAAUGACAAAAUAACAUUGUCAGGGUUUGAUGGAACUUUGUCCGAAACCAUUGGCUCAAUUUAUGUUAAUUUAAAUGUUGGAAAAUCUUUAUAUGCUAUAAAAUUUUACAUACUUAAAACACUCAGCGUUCCAGGAAUAAUUGGAGCUAGUUUUUUAAGAAAAUACACGUUAGGAAUAGGAAAAAAAUUUGAAAACAUUCAUUUGCAAAAGAAUAUAAAUGAAAAUGAGAAGGAAAAAGGGAGCGAGGAAGCGAGUAUGAAUGAAGAAGAUUGUACUUUGAUAGACAAUCAAGAAAAAAAUGAGUUGCUCUCACAUAUGGAGAAACAACUCUCUGAUUGUGAUGUGGUCGAAACGAGCAAGGAGGAAGAGUUAGUCGGUUCAGAAAGAUAUAGAGAAUUAGUAAAGAAAAUCAAUUUUACACAUUUAGAUAGCACAAAAACAAAUAUCAUUCAACAAAUAAUUGCAAAAUACACCGAUAUAUUCCAUUUGCCAGGGGACAAACUUACAUUUACUAAAGCAGCAAUGCACGAAAUUGAAACAAAUUCCAAUAUACCUAUAUAUAAAAGACAGUACAGAUUUCCAGCUGCUCUGAAUAAUAUUAUGGAAGAGCAAAUAGAAGAAAUGCUUAAACAGAAAAUAAUAAGGCCAAGUAAAAGUCCAUGGAAUGCUCCUGUCAUGUGCAUUCCCAAAAAAUCUGAGGAUGAUCAAGGAGAAAAAAAAUAUCGGAUAGUAGUCGAUUUUCGUGCUCUCAAUUUAAUAACUAAACCUUUCGUAUAUCCUAUUCCCAGAAUAGAUGACAUCAUGGAUAAUAUUGGCAAUAGUAAAUUUUUUUCUACCAUAGAUUUGAAAUCUGGAUUUUUUCAAAUACCCAUCGCACUUAAAGACGCCGCAAAAACAGCUUUCUCUACAGCUAAAGGGCACUAUGAAUUUUUAAGAAUGCCAAUGGGUCUCAAAAACAGUCCUUCAACAUUUCAGAAGCUGAUGAACACUGUGAUUUACACCAUACAACCAAUUAAAGCUUUCGUUUACUUAGAUGAUAUUGUGGUGUUCGGGGAUUCAAUAGAAGAGCACACCAAUAACCUACUAAAAGUGUUUAAUGCUUUAAGAAAUCACAAUCUCAAAAUAGAACCGUCAAAAUGCAAAUUACUCCACAAAGAAAUAACAUAUUUAGGCCACACUAUCAAGGAAACAGGUAUUAAACCAACACAAGCAAAUGUGAAAACAAUUUUAGACAUGCACACACCAAAAACCCUGAAGGAAGUACGAUCGUUUUUAGGAAUGAUAAAUUUUUAUGGUAAAUUUAUACCAAACGUUUCUGAUAUUAGAAAGCCUUUGCAUGAGCUUUUAAAGAAAAAUGCUGAAUUCAUUUGGGAUAAAAAUUGCGAUGAAGCAUUUAAAACGU